AUGGUUUUGUACACGUUGGUCGCAACGUACCUUUGCACGCUGGUGCUCCCGCUCUUGCUGGUUUUAGCCUUGGUUAAACUGUGGGAGAUUUACAUCAUCAGGGGACGAGAUUCAAGCUGUCCGAAACCUCUCCCUCCAGGUACCAUGGGUCUACCAUUCCUUGGCGAGACGCUUCAAAUGGUCCUCCAGAGAAGAAAAUUCCUCCGGAUAAAACGUCAGAAAUACGGAUGCAUUUAUAAAACUCAUCUCUUCGGAAAUCCUACCGUGCGAGUCAUGGGAGCCGAAAAUGUUCGGCAAAUUUUGUUAGCUGAGGACAAGCUUGUUGCAGUUCAGUGGCCAGCGUCAAUGAGAACGAUCCUGGGCUCCGGUACCCUUUCCAAUUUGCACGGCGCUGAGCACAAAAACAAGAAAAAGGCGAUCAUGAAAGCCUUCUCACGUGAAGCACUGGAGAACUACAUCCCCGUGAUCCAGGAGGAGGUGAGACGCACCGUGACGGACUGGCUGCAGAGCGAGUCAAGCGUGCUGGUGUACCCGGAGAUGAAGAAACUGAUGUUUCGCAUCGCAAUGAGGAUCCUGCUUGGUUUCGAGCCGGAACAAACCAAGACUGAUGAGCCGGACUUGGUGGAGGCGUUCGAGGAAAUGAUAAAGAACCUGUUCUCCUUUCCGAUCGAUGUCCCUUUCAGCGGCUUAUACAGGGGCCUGAGAGCGCGCGAUUUCAUUCAUUCAAAAAUAGAAGAAAACCUAAAGAAGAAAAUGGAACGCUGCGUAGAGGAGAGCGAACACAAAGAUGCGCUUCAGCUGCUGAUAGAGAACUGCAGGGAGAACGAAGAGCGACUCAGUAUGCAGGAGAUUAAGGAAUUUGCGACCGAACUUUUAUUUGGCGGGCACGAGACCACUGCCAGCACUGCCACCUCCCUCGUGAUGUUCCUCGGGCUGCACUUGGAUGUCAUGUUGCGCGUCAGGCAAGAGCUUCGGGAGAAGGACCUACUGGACGUUUAUUCACACGAUAAAAGACUAAGUAUCGAGGUGUUGGAACAGCUGAAAUAUGCAGGGUGCGUCAUCAAAGAGGCAUUACGAAUUAACCCACCGGUCCCGGGCGGAUUCCGCGUGGCUCUGAAGACUUUUGAACUCAAUGGCUACCAGAUUCCCAAGGGAUGGAACGUUAUUUACAGCAUCUGUGACACGCAUGAUGUUGCAGAUGUGUUCCCUGACAAGCAGGAGUUUUACCCAGAGAGGUUCAUGGACACCAGUCCUCCUGGCUCUUCCAGGUUCAGCUACAUCCCCUUUGGAGGAGGUGCCAGGAGGUGUGUUGGAAAAGAGUUUGCAAAUGUCCUCCUAAAAAUAUUUCUGGUGGAAUUGAUCGCAAGGUGCGACUGGACUUUGCUAAAUGGACCACCAACAAUGAAAACCGCUCCAACUGUUUAUCCUGUGGAUAAUCUCCCGACAAAAUUCAACAGUUAUUUUGGCAAUUAG